ACCCACUAGCCACACUGAUCAUCUAAGCUAGCUAGCUCAGGAAGGUAGCAAUGGCCAGGGGGUCUUUCUCCAUGGGAGUGGUGGCCGCGGCGGCCGUGCUGGUGGUGCUGUGCGCCGCCGUGUCGGCCGCAGCGCAGCCUCGUCCCCCACUGCCGAAGAACUCCCACAUGAUCACCCCUGGGCGAUUCGGGAAGAGGAAGCAGGUGCUCUCCUGCGACAACCCCAAGGACGGCACCAGCCCCUGCGUCGCCACCUGCGACAGCCGCUGCCCCAACGAGUGCAUCGUCAUGUGCCCAGGCUGCAAGACCUACUGCUUGUGUGACUUCUACCCUGGUGUAUCCUGCGGUGACCCCCGCUUCACGGGGGCCGACGGCAACAACUUCUACUUCCAUGGCAAGAAGGACCAGGACUUCUGUGUCCUCUCCGAUGCUGACCUCCACAUCAACGCUCACUUCAUCGGCAAGCGCAACCCCACCAUGAGCCGUGACUUCACAUGGAUCCAGGCUCUGGGCAUCCGCUUCGCUGACCACCGCCUCUACAUGGGUGCCCAGAAGACCACCAAGUGGAACAACGAUGUCGACCGCCUCGAGUUGACCUUCGACGGGGAAUCGAUCAACAUUAAUGCUGAUAUUGGCACAAAAUGGCAGUCCACCAACGUUCCUGGCCUCACAGUCAUGAGGACCACCGUCACCAAUGGCGUGAGGGUCCAACUUAAGGGUGUGUUCGACAUCAUGGCUAAGGUGGUGCCCAUUACAGAGGAGGACUCCCGCGUCCACAACUAUGGUGUGACGGACGACGACACACUCGCACAUUUGGACAUCGGGUUCAAGUUUUUCGACCUCACCAACGAUGUUCACGGUGUCCUCGGCCAGACCUACCGCUCUGACUACAUCAACAAGCUCAGCGUGAGCGCCAGCAUGCCUGUGAUGGGUGGCGUAGCCAGCUACGUCUCCUCCGACAUCUUCGCCACCGACUGCAAGGUUGCUAGGUUCGGUCAUAACGCUGGCAUCUCCAUGGUCACCACCAGGGCCAACUAAACUAUUUAUCAAGACAACAUCACUCUGAUGUAAUGGGCCUACCAAUGAUGGAUAUUGGCCCAGAAAUAAAAUAAUAUGUGACAAAUGUAAUGUGUAGCAUUGUUUGUGCCAAAAAUGAACAACCUUCCAAGGAAAAAGAUAAACAUUCACGAUGCAAAUUGUAAUGGUGCUUUCCUAUUGCUUAUGUCAUGGGAAUGUUGGAUCUCUCCAUCGAGUAGUAACAAUUCAU